AUGCGCAAUGCCUGCGGCAGCGGCGGAGGUCCCGCGUGGAAUGAGAUCCUCGUGAUUUACGACCCGCCUGCUGCACCCUCCCCCCGCACGCCUCGCGAGAAAGAGAGACAGUCGCCCAACGAACGGACGAAUCAGAGCGCAGGACAGAGACGGGUAUACGUGUUCAACGUUCGAGGGGUGGUGCGCUGCGUAAUGCAAGCGUGCGUGCUCUGCGCGAGGUGGAUGGACGUGCAAUGA